AAUAGAGCUGGAUACUUUGUUACAACCGAUAACGAGAAAAUGUCAAUGACAAUAUGCCCGAGACACAGGAAAAACUAACUACAGACUGGGCUGGCAGAAAGAGCAACACAUGCUCGUAUCCAAGUCAUCGAGGACCGCUGAAAACUAUAAAGAAACCGCGCCGCCAGAAACGCCACCUUGUCGGAAGAAAUUUAUCAAUUUCACCAAGCCACAGUUCCCAUUGGCUCGGGUAAGUACAAAUCGGGUGCAGCCAGACCGCAGCCUUAAUACUUAGAGUUGUAGUAUGGACUUCACUGGUAAAUACAAACGAAACCUUUAUUUCGAAGGUACUUAUUUUACUUUGUGCUUAUGGAUAUGGUUAGUACAUAAAUUUUAUUUCUUUAUCGGUAUAUGCUAAGGGAAUGAAGCAAAACGUAAUCCGAUGCCAUUGCUUUUUGUAUUUGAAUGAGCUUUUCUCUUUUAGUCGACUCGUUUAAAUAUACAAAGGCAUUGCCUAAUUCUGUUGCAUUGUCUGAUAUCCUUCUGACUUUUUCGGAAAAGGGGAGGGAGAGAGGACGUUGGGGUAGUGUUUCGAGGUGGAUUGAAGUGGUAAUUUGCUAAUCAAGCACCCCGCCUGCAAGAUGACGCCAAAUGGGAGAGGACGGGGGAAGAGGAGAACUAGGAGGGGGAGUAGAGGGAAUGGGAAGUUGGGUGGGGCUGCAAGGGACGCCCAAACACUCCUUAUUUCACUCACCUUCCUUUCUUUAGCUGUUAAGAAAGCAAAUUACCGCACUUUAAUUUGGUCUUACGUGAGUGACACAAACUACAGUCAAUGGACAUAAGUAUUCGUCACUUUCAAAAAUAACGCUGAAAUUCUUACCCGCGUUGUGCACACUACGCGGGGGAAAACUAGAUGCGGAGCGCGACAUCGGUCAAUAAAGGCGGGAAAAUUAUGUAAAAACAAAAAGAAACAAACAUCCGACUAAGAGCAAGAAAAAAAAUUCAAACUUCCCAUAAGGAAAUGAACAAAAGCUGUUUGUGUUUUGACACAUCGUUCAGUCAUUUAUUCAACAGUAACUGCAACGGGUGGUCGCAAAAAAAGAUCACAGUUAUUUUGUUUUGCUUCUGAUAAACAAUAUUCAGCACUCGUGAGUCGAAAAAGUGCUUAACUGUCUGCAGAGACAAAAAAGUUAAUUGUUACUUUGUCAGAAUCCGUUAAAAACAAAGCUGAACUGUCAAGACUGUUGAACAUUCUAAGAACGACUAUCACAGGUGGAGCAAAAGACAAAUUUGAUGAUCUGGGGAUGUUUUUGAUAUGAUGGUGUUGGAAGUGUGACUUCAGUUGAAGGCAACAGCAACUCUGCCAAGUACAUUGACAUCCUAGAAAAUAAUGUAUGGCCAGUAGUUGUUUAGUACUUAGAAGACAAAGACUACAUGUUCAUGGAUGGCAAUACACCAGUUCACAGCGGAGCACACAAUGUAAAUAAUUAUAAAGAUAAAGCAAAGUACCCUUAAUGAAAUGGUCAGCACAGUCUCCAGAUUUAAAUAUAAUAGAAAAUGUUUGGCUUUACAUCAAGAGAGAGUUACAAAAGUCCACUGAAAAUAUCGCUACCAAGAAUGACCUUCUUCGUGAAACCGAGGGUGUGUAGCGGAAGAUCGAAUUAGAUUGAAUAAGAAAACUUUACCAGCCCAUUCCUGAUCGCCUAGACAAUGUUAUCAAAAUGACGGGUCAUCUUACUAAAUGCUAAGGUGAUUUUAAACUUAAAUUUACCGUAAACAAAGUUAAAACAGCGCCAGCUAAACGCCGCCAUAUUUAAAGUGACGAAUAUAUAUUGAUGAUGGGUAUGAUAACGAUAACCAUAACGACGAUGGUGACGGUAUAAAGGGUCAAUCACGUUGAUGGUGAUCGUGUUGGUUAUUGUUGUCAGUAUUGUUAAUCUAUUUAUCAUUAUCAUUUUUUAUGACAGCUGUGUGUUCCAGCUGCCGGGGAGCACACUACAAAUCCCGUAAGGCUCACGGUUUCAUGUCUGGAGAGCAGGUAAGCUAGUACACAUUGGCCAUUCACAGCUUAGUGUAACUAAUAUAAGCAUAGUGUAACUGACCAUAUAAUCAGAGGAUGUUUUGAUACCGCCAACAGGUGCACUGAUAUCUAUAACAACUGACAACAUGAAUAACACGUACCUUUGUUGGUUUUCCUGUAUUUUCUUCGAUGGGUAGCCAUUUGGAAUCGUUAAGUUGUGGUCGAUUUCCAAGAGGCUUGGGACCUAGUUAUAAUGAUAGCCAUGUCUAGAGUUUUCCGAUCGCGCGUCGAGAACAAUUACUCGACUACAUCUGAAUGUUUUCUGAAUAACAAAUUGGUCUUGACCAGUGCUUGAAGAGACCAGCAACAACAAAGAUGCGAGGGCACCCUUUGGCAGCGGCUUGGAAACACAUAUAGAGUUUCCACAGUUACAUGUAUUGGAGAUCUUUGUGGAAUUGUUGACGAUCUUGUCCAUAAUUUGCUAAUCUAUUUUAUUACGCUUCAGGAUCCUUACUCAGACACCUUGGUGAUUGGAGACGAGAUCGAGGAGUCUGAUUCUGCCACUGUCUCUGUCAUUACUGUUUGUGAGGAGAGCACAUUGCCAGCCACGGUGUGUGCAGUGGUCUCAAGCACUGGUGAGGGGUCAGAAACAGUCUCUUUACAAUCCCAUUCGUCCCAAGCCUCGAUACCAGACGAAGAGAUUAGUUUAUGGGUUGACGAGAUGGAGGAACAAAACAGCAAACGGCAGAAAUUAAACGAAGCUGUCCACAGCAUCUCAGGUGGCCGCUACAGCCCCGUAAUGUCCAGCCUGAACACGACCUGGGACGACGUCUCCGACACCCAGCAGCGAUAUUACAUCCGCAAAGCUAAGGAGACUAUAGUGACUUCAUUGUCUGUCAUCACUCCCGGUCAAGAGGAACUGGUUUGGAAGGCGUUACAAACGGAGGUACUUUUGGAUCCAAACAGAGACAACCAAGGAAAGCGCAAGCGUUUUGAUCCCAACUCUGGUCUUGUCGACAUUUUAGUCAAGGCCUAUGAGCAAGCAGGUCAUUGGCAAACAAAGCGACAGAUCCUUUCCCUCUUUGCAGACGACUUUUCAAGAGCUGAGCUUCAAAAGAUGAUCCCUGGGCUUUCCAAAUGGCGCAUCGACCAAGCUCGCCAACAUGCAACAGAAGCAGGGAAAGGCCAGCCUCUCCCUGAAAUUCCUAGUUUCCGUACAAGAAUUGAGCAUGAAAAGGUGGAUCAUUUCAUUGAAUAUAUCUCCAGACCAGAAUUUGUCCAAGACGUGGCGUUCGGGACAAAGACUCUCAAGCUUGACUCGGGGGAGAAAAUUGUCAUACCAGCAGUCAUUAGGACCGUCAUUCCUUCACGCAUCAUCAGACAAUAUUUAGACUAUUGUAAAGAACAAGAGUUCGAGCCGGCGAGCCAGCGUUCUCUCUACCGAAUGAUUCAAGUGUGUUCGGCCUCUAUGCAGAAAUCCCUUCAGGGACUUGACAACACCACUGCAGAGGGUACAGAGGCUUUUGAUCAACUCUUUUCUAUGUUGGAGGCCUUAGCAGAUCAGGGCAUCAACGUUACUGCCACUCAGAAAUUUCUAAAGGAUGCAAAAAGGUACUUAAAGAAUGAUUUCAAGGCACACAUCGGACGAGGAGAACAUUGCAGUGAUCACUGUACGGUCCACCCACUAAGUGACAGUAGUGCAUGGAAGUUCAGGGGCGAAUGUGAUCAUGAACAUUGCUACGAAUGUGAGCGCUGUGAGAGUCUAGAAGGAGUACUGAAACAAGUGGCAGAGAUGCAAGACAAAGCGGACAUGACGGAAGAGGAGAGGGUUAGAUGGAGGUUUGAGUACACUGAGAGUGUGCGCAACAUACAAGCGUGGAAGGCUCACUUACUACGGUCAAGUAACCAGGACGAAGCCAAGCAGCAUAUUCUCGAGAAGCUAGACGACAACUCGUGUCUUGUUAUAAUGGACUGGGCAAUGAAGUUUCUGCCUGUGCAAUACAGAGAACACAUGAGUGAUUUUUUUGGCAAGAGAGGAAGAAGCUGGCAUAUCAGUGCAGUAAUCACUAGAGCAACAGUGGAGAGCAAGCAUGAAGUCGAGUGUUUUGUACACAUUUUCAACAACUGCACCCAAAAUAGCUUUGCAGUUCUUUCCAUAAUAGAGGACGUGCUGCAAAAAGUCAAACUGGAGUAUCCAGGGGUGACAACAGCCUACCUCCGAUCGGAUAACGCUGGAUGUUACCACAAUGAGCCUCUGUUGUUAAGUCUUAGAGAAGUAGGGGUGAGAACCGGUGUCAGGCCAGUGCGAUAUGAUUUCUCAGAACCACAGGCUGGCAAGGACAUUUGUGAUAGGAAGACUGCUGCUAUGAAGGCACACAUAAAGCCCUGGGUCAACGAAAAGCACGACGUCGUCACUGCUGAAGAUAUGAAAGUAGCACUAGAAUCCCAUGGAGGUAUCAAAGGGUGCAGAGCAGCGGUCGUUGAGGUGGACACGACCAGGGAAAGAAACAAAGAUAGCAAGAUACCAGGCAUUAGUGUGUUGAACAAUUUCCAGUAUGAGGAGUGUGGCAUCCGUGUGUGGAAAGCGUACAACAUCGGCCCUGGACGCCUCAUCCCUUAUAGCGGUCUUGGAGUUACACCACAAGGAGAUACUGGAAUAAGGGUGGUAAAGCCAUUUGGUCAAGCUACACACAGGGGAAGCGUGGGUGAGGCAUCAGGCACCAGUCCGAGAUCUACUCUUGUAAGAGACUGGAUGCGUCCUCACGUUCAAGACCCAAGAAGAGGCAGACAACCAUAUGGACACGGGCAAGCACUGUCUUGAGGUGGACUGUGAGUCCAUGUAUGACCGCGUUAGGAGGAAAUGGGAGGGAAUUGUGACAGGGGUGACGUUCGCUCCGGAUGUGCCAACAACCUCAUCGCAAGGUGAGAAUAGUGGCAGCGCUUUCAGAGAACAUGACCCUAGACCAUUGGGGUGGGCUCUGAAGGUAACAAAACGACCCAC